AUGCAGAUGCUUCGAAUUCGCGCCCCGCCAGGCGAAGAGCUUGGCGCUCUCGGCAGAGGACGUUUUUCUUCAGUACGUGUGGCAGAGAGAAGGUGGAAUUGCACUUCUUCGGAUUCGAGGAGCGGAAAGGUCGAAAGGGAAGGACUCGCUCGAGGCGAGGAGCGAGGAGCGACGAGCGCUCCCACUUGCAACAGCACAAUCGAUACAUGCAUAUCUCUCGACGAAAAGAUGCAAAUUGUCUUUUGUCCUGAGAAAACAGAGACUCUCUGGAAAACCUCAGACUUGUUUCUCCGUCUCCUUCCACUUUGCUGUGAAGUUCUUUCUCUUCUACGGCGAAUCUCUGCGAACAGGAUUCGCCUUGCGCGAAAAAACAUAGACACGCUGCUUUCUGCCUCCGUGGCUCCUCUGAAAAAAACGGGCAUCUUCUCUUCCGUUCCACUUCUUCUCCAUUUCGCCUCUGUUUCCUCCCUUGAUCUUUGUCUUCCAUUCUCUCUCGGUGUCGCCCCGUUUUUCUCUCUUCCCUUCUCUCGCCCCCUCUCUUUCGCUCCGUUUCCCUCCUUCUUUUUCGCUGGCGUCGAGCCGUUGAUGUUGCAUUUUCCAAGCUCGAGACGACUUAUUCUUUCUUCCCCGAAACCGCGGUCGAGCGUGCAGAGCCCGCGACGGACGGAGUCGCGCCGUUUCAAACGGCACCUUGCGAUCCCCCGUACAGAAUCGGUAGUCUGA